AUGUAUUUUCCUACAGAAACUAAUAAAGAAUUAUCCGUCAGACUUACAGAAAUAGAACUAAAACCAUCUAAGGUCUGCUUACAAAAAGUGUUAGAUCUUGAUAAAAGAAAUGAAGUACACUCUAAUAAAGGCUGUUAUUCUCGUGAGGCUUCUAGUUACAAAUUAAAUCGUAUUACAGGAAACAGUUAUAAUAGUAGUUAUAGUAGUUAUACUAGUUCUUUAUGUACUUCUUUAAGAAACAAACAUAAGAGAAAAAGUAAAAGAAAUGAAAAACUUGAAGAAUGGGUUCGAACUCAUGAAAAUUCUAAAGUUCCGAAACUCACUGAACUAUGUUAUCGUACAUAUUUGAAUCAUAAUAAAGAACUUUUAACCUCGAAAUAUGUAACUAAAUCUAAAUAUUUAACAGAAGUAGUUCGUUCAACUUUAUUAGAAUUAAAUAAGCGUGUAUGUGCUAUCUGUAAUUGUUUACACACUGAGGCCGCGGCGACUUUGCUCCAUUUUACAUGGGUUUGCUUAGUGCCAGACGUGCCCUUAAGGUACGAUUUUUGUUCGGUCCAAUGUGCUAGACAAUUCGGGAAAGAACUUGCACGUGAGAAGGCCAUAGAAGAUGGGAAACGACAACAUCGAAGAGAAAGAUUUGGUUUAGGAAAUAACGGUGGUGGUCAAGACUCCUCCUUUACUACUACUAACCCUUCCUAA